AUGUCUGUGAGCGGAGUGAGAAUCCAGCAGAGCGGAGGCGCCUCUUCAGCAUCACUCACAGAGGUAAAACAUGCCAACAUGAACUCUCAAGCGAGCAAUGGCCAUGAACAGCAGGCUGGUAACGGGUGUAACCACCAGGGUCCAAACCAGGAGCACAGAUCACAGCGUGUCGAUGGAUCAAAGACGAAGGCCCUGCCCACUCCAAUCCCAGACCCCCAGAUUCUUUACACGAAGUUGUUCAUCAAUAAUGACUGGCGUGAGUCAUGCAGCGGCCGAAAGAUUCCUGUGUACAAUCCCACCACAGGGGAGCUGCUAUGUGAAGUGGAGGAGGCUGACUCAGAGGAUGUGGACGAGGCAGUGAGGAGUGCCAGAGCCGCUUUCCAGACGGGAUCACCGUGGAGAUGCAUGGACGCCUCAGAUCGAGGUCGUCUACUUAACAGACUUGCUGACUUAGUGGAGAGAGAUCGGCUCCUACUGGCAACACUAGAGGCUCUGGACUGUGGCAAAGUGUUUCUCAUGGCGUACUUUGUAGAUCUGAUGGCCACAAUCAAGACCUUGAGAUAUUAUGGUGGCUGGGCAGACAAAAUUCAUGGCAAAACCAUCCCUGUUGAUGGAGAGUAUUUUACCUACACACGACAUGAGCCCAUUGGAGUAUGUGGCCAGAUUAUUCCUUGGAACUUCCCAGUCAUGAUGUUUGCGUGGAAGAUUGCUCCCGCUCUGUGCUGUGGGAACACUGUAGUCAUCAAACCUGCAGAACAGACCCCAUUAUCAGCACUGCACAUGGCUGCACUCAUCAAAGAGGCUGGGUUUCCUCCAGGAGUGGUGAACGUGGUGCCGGGUUAUGGUGAGACAGCAGGCCGUGCCAUUUCCCACCACAUGGACGUAGACAAAGUAGCCUUUACUGGAUCUACUGCUGUUGGGAAACUCAUCCAGAAGGCUGCAGGAGAAAGCAACUUGAAACGAGUUACACUAGAACUCGGUGGGAAAAACCCAAAUAUUGUCUUUGCGGACUGUGACUUAGAAUAUGCGGUGGAGCAGGCCCAUAGUGGUCUGUUCUUUAACCAGGGCCAGUGCUGUCUGGCUGGAUCCAGGGUGUUUGUAGAGGAACCAAUCUACGAGGAGUUCGUCCGUCGCAGUGCAGAAAUGGCCAGAUCCAAAGUCCUGGGAAACCCACUCCUGCCAGGUGUGGAUCAGGGACCACAGAUUGACCAGAAGCAGUUUGAUAAGAUAAUGGAGCUGAUAGAAAGCGGGAAGAGGGAGGGGGCCACGCUGGAGUGCGGUGGGUCCAUGUGGGGUCAGCACGGACUUUUCAUCCAACCCACCGUCUUCUCAAAUGUCACAGACGAUAUGCUCAUAGCCAAAGAAGAGAUUUUUGGUCCAGUGCAGCAGAUCAUGUGUUUCCGUAGCAUCAGUGAAGUCAUCCAGAGAGCAAACGCCACACACUACGGCCUGGCAGCAGGAGUGUUUACUAAUGACAUUAACAAAGCUCUCACAGUGUCGUCUGCUCUGCAGGCUGGGAUGGUCUGGGUGAACUGCUACAAUGCCAUGAGUGCUCAGUGUCCGUUCGGUGGCUUCAAGAUGUCUGGGAAUGGAAGGGAACUGGGGGAAUACGCUCUUCAGGAGUACACAGAGGUCAAAGCAGUCACCAUUAAAAUCUCACAGAAGAACUCAUAA